AUGGUGGCGGGUCGUUGCGAUUGCGGUGAUCUCGGUCAGAACAAAUUGAUCGAGCUUGAGGCCAAUGUCCGCGCCAUCGAGAUUGAGGGCCUUGUGUGGGGUGGCUCUCAGUUCAUCGAUAUUGGCUAUGGUAUUAAGAAGCUCCAAAUCAAUCUAGUCGUCGAGGAGGACAAGGUAUCUCUAGAGGCGCUCUACACCCAGAUUGAAAAAGAAGAGGAUCAUGUCCAGUUUAUUGAUGUCGCUGCCAUGCAAAAGCUAUGA